AUGGUGCAUCCCAUUCAGGCAGGGCGGGAAGCUUUGCAGGAGGCGCCCGUUCGCACGUUGGAAAUCAUAUGGGGGGCAAUACACGCUGCCCAGAUGAAUCCAGUUGUUCCCCACGCUACUGGCUCAGGAUACUUUCAAGAUGGACAAUCUAAGGAUGACGUGUUGGACGUUAUUGGCAUACCUGGAGACUGCGAGAGCUUGUUGCCAAGUUGUUCGCAAAGCGAUGACUUGGGCGAAGGUGUUUUCAUCGAUGAAGUCAAUUCUCCAAUUGGCAUUCCCCAUGAGACCGAAAGCGGCGGCAAAAGGAAAAGCAAGACUACCUCGACCCCCUCUGAACGCAAGCGCGAUGACGCAUCUCCGAAGGGGAGGCGUGCACGUGAAUUUGACGCGCGAAAAGAAAGGGCCGCUGAGAGAAAAGCCAAGAAAGAACGACUAAAAAGGCAGCAAGAGUUGGAUCGCUUGAAGAGAGCCAAGAAGCAGCAACACGAAAUUCUGGAACAGCAACAAGAGUGCAUUUCUAUGCAGGAAGAAGAUGACAGGAGUACUGCCGUGGACAGACACAUCAGGGAUUUGGAGAUUUGGGCUUCAAGCGUGGCAUUCGCCAAAGAGCGUGCCCUUGAACUAACGUCCACAAGAGAUGCAAGCGACCAGAAGCUGAUCGAAGACCAACUUGCCCGUGACCGCGCCGACCAACACAUUCAACGCAACGAGCUGUUUCGACAAAGGAAAAUCGAUUUAAUGGAACAAGACACCGUCGAUGAACCUGUAAAAGUGGCUUCAAGUGUUGCUGAUGACCAGCUCCAAGAGGGUCGGCAUGAUGACGUUGAUUUUGCUCGGGAUUCCUGCCAGGACUUGCUGGACCAGUUGCUUUUAUUGCGCCAGCGAAUCGUGAAGACCAUGCAGAUGGAACGUCUUCGACGCGAACAACUGGAAACGUUUCAAACACAAUACCAAAAGCUCGAAACAGACCUCCGCCAAGCAGAGAGACUACAACGCACAUACGCGCGUGGUGGGGUUACAGCUGGGAUUCUGGGCGAUGUCUCGGUGCAGGAGCUGAAGGAUGUUGAUGCGUCCGUCGCUAGGCAGCACACUCUUCUGGGGAAAUACCAGUCCGUACUGAACGAACGAAGAGAAAUAUGGGACCUUUGUGUGAGCCGCAUACAGAAGUUGAAGAUUGCACUCUGUGCCAAAGAGGCCGACCUUCGGACACAACUCCAGAGAGUCCGGGUUAGCAUGGCUGGUCUGAGGAAAAAGGCUGAAAGAAUUCGUUCAAAGAAUGAGAGUUUGGCUGCGCUCAGGGCAAGCGUCGAGUCUAAGACAAAGAUCAUGAAGAACCGGGCCGACCUCUUCACCACCGAACAGUCAUUGCUAGACUCACACACUGGUCAAUAUUUCGACAGCGACAUCUGGCAGCAAGGAGUGACGCAGCGGAUGUCUAAAGCUACGUUUGCUGACGAUCUGCAGGUGGAACUCAAGCGCCUGACCCGCAACAUAGAUGGAAAUAUCCAGCAAACAAAGCUGAUCGACGAGACCCUCGCUAGGGACAUAGCGGAGGGUCAGAAGGUCGAGAUGAUCACCCAGAAGCUCGGCCAGAUUGUUCACGUCUCGCAGGAGCGCUUAAAUCGAAUGGUAUCAAGGACGGUUGUGCAGGAACUUCGCGACGUACUGGAUACACAGCAAGAGUCUGACGAUGCAUCGGUGCCAGCCAAAACGGAAGAAAAAACCUUGGCUGAAGUGAUUCGCGACAAGUCAAGCCACCAGCGAAGUCUGGAAGAGAAGCAGUGGGUCGCGCUGGAUAUCCUCAUCAACCCAGAUCUCUACACUGCCUUGUCUGUUGUGGAAAAGGAAGAGCUGCAGCUGAACGACGAGUACAAAACGGAGUUGACUCGGGAGGAUGUGGCCAGGAUCCUUGGGCUGCCUCACGAGAUACAGCUCGCUCUGCCGCAAAUGAAAUCAGCGGCAGAAAUAGAUGCACACAAGCUAUUGACAACGUAUACGCUUGAACACGGUGAUGCGGAAUUCGCCAAAGCAGACGAACAAAGUCAAGACCACAUGUCCCUUGCACCCGAGGUAAUAUUCGAAUGCAGCGGUAGCCCGUGA